GUGCAGUGAGGGGCUUUCAAGAAUUGGUUACAGAGCUGCAUCCCUGCUGCAGAGGUUGCUGAGCCCAGGAGGGAGGGGCAGGCCUGGGGCUGCGUGAUGGAGGUGACCGUCCACGUCCUGAGGCCCUUCCGCCCAGCCCUGCUCUCUUUACCUCUUACGGCCUCCCCCAACUGGAACCCUUCUCUGUCUCCAGGAUGUUGAUGCCUGGGUCAUGAUGGGGCAGGGGCAGGACCAGCUGGGGCUUCUGGGUUCCGGCCACCCCCAGUUCUUCUGCCUGCUCUGGAGGGAAGCUCUGAAGUCCCAGGUCUGGCAUACCCCAGGGAUGGGUUAUCCAUGGUCUGCCCACAACCCAAGAUAUUCCGGCUCUGCCGGGUCCUUGUCCCAGCUGCGUGGGCUGGCCCAUUCCAGAGUGGCAUGGAUUCAGGGCUCCCUGCCGCUCCAGGCUUGCACCAGUUGAGUGGAGGCCUCUCCCGUGUCUGCUGAGUUGGCCCGGCCCAAGGUGGCCCAGCCUCCAGCUCCAGCCCUGCUUCUCUUCCUGGGUCUCUGCCUUUUGGGGCCACAAGUGCAGGACCAUACAAGGCCAAUUUCUCCUCUUCUCUAGGCACCAAGGCCUACCCGCUGUGGCCAAUCUGGCCCCAAACAUGGAGAGUCCAGCUGGGGCUGGGGGCUAGGGGCUGGUGCCUGCUCCCCGUGCCCUGAGAAGGAGGCUUGAUCUUAUCUUAAACCCAGCCUAGAGCUCAUCUGCCUCAGAGUCCUGCCUAACCCAGAGCCCAGCUAACAGCCCAGGAGCCCCACUCAAGCUUCAGCCUGUAACCCCGUCCACAGCCCAGCAGUCCCCAGGCCUGCCUAACUGGGGCACCGGUGGCUGGCCGGGGCCUGGGAUUUGUUGCUCAGGAUGAGGAGCAACUCAGGGCUCAGGGCACUGUGAUGAGAGGCUCAGCCUGCUUGCUGUGGCUUCUGCUCUGCCCAGCAAUCAGCAUGGCCUCCGACCCCCUUCUUCCCGCCCCCUCUGGCUCCUGCCUUCCCCCCAGCCAGUGCACCUGGGUCUGAACUCUGUGUCAGGCCCUUGAAUGGCAUCUCCAGGCAGAUGCUUGCACCACCUAUGGUGAGGAGGGACGGAAGGAAGGGCAGGCCAGAGGCAGCUCUGGCCCCUUAGGGGAGUGGAGCCUGGAGAUGCCAGACAGGCCCCCUCUUUCCCCCUUGGCUGGACCAGAUGACAGCAGAUCUGCCACAGAUGGGUUAGAGCCGGGGCGGCCCCGUCGGAGUUGGGCCCUGUCUGCGGAGCCCUGGGCAGGGAUAACCAGUCCCCUAGGAGCCAGGAGAGAGCCCUAACCUGGCUGGAGGAGCAGGGCUCUGGGCCCCACCCUGGGCCUUGGCACUAUUUCCUCUUCCUGAUUGGUGCCUUUGGGUACCUUGGGACCUAGGCAGGUAGCCCUGAGUGCAGGAAAGAGCGGGGCAGGGAGGGGAAGGGAAGGAGCACUGCUGGGGGAGUCAGGCAUUCUGGCUUGUCGUCCUGACUGCCCUGGACUUGUACGACUGCAGGAGGGCAGCUUCCUCUCUCUGGGCCUCAGUCCCCUGUAUGUAAGCGGCCUGGGCCGCCUCAGGGCCCUUCUGGAACUAGUGGAGUCCAAGGAACACAAGGCAGGGUGCUGAAGUCAAACAAACCUUAUAUUGGUUAAGUCCCGCCACAUCUCUGCAAAACGGGUGAUGAUUGUACCUCUCUCACGGACAUUUGUUGUGAGGUAUAAAUAGUGCAAUAUGUAAAGUGCUUAGCACAGGGCUUGGCUCUAAAGUGGAAAGAACUGUUUUUCACGUCCUUGGAGUCAGUGAAGGAACAUCUUGUCUUUACAUUUCUCAGGAAGGAAUGGAGGCCCUGCUGGGAAAAAGACCUGCCAUCAACACUGACAGCCAAUGGCAGGACUUGAACUUGGGUCCUUGAGCUGCAGGUUGUGCUGUGCAGACAUGGACCCAGUAGCUGUGGUUCUCUGUCCCUUGGCUCCCUGUGUCCCUCUCCCCUGCAAGGAGUGCCACAUAUGUGGGACACCUCAGGGGACUGAGCUGCUCCCUGACCCCUGGCUCCUCUCCCUUCUGAGUGCAAAGCUGGCAUGACUUACUGCAAGUAAUGAACCAAAUCGCUCUCCACCUAGACCCUCUGCAGAAUCAUUUCUCUCUUGGCCCACUUUCCACCGAUUCUGCCCCCAUGCUCACUGCCCUUAAUGGGACAGGCCUCUUGGGGACCGGGCAGAUGGCACGUUUUCUGUGGUGCCUACCCAGGCCCUGCGGGACCCUGAGGCACUCGGGCGUGUGUGUGUGAGCACACGUGGAGGCUGUGCAAGGUGGGAUUUGAGUCGGGUGUCACCCCUUGCUGUGGCCCAGGAACUUGGCCCUGGUCCCCGUUUGUCCCUCUCCAGCUCCUUGGGGUACAGCCUGCGUUCCGGUUCCCUGUCCUAGCAUGUCAGAGCCAAGCUCAGUGCCCUCCAGGGCUCCCACCCCUGACCACCAGCCUGUGGCAGGCAGGCCUGCUCUUGAGUACCGCACGCAAGUUGCAGCUGGGGGCACACGUGCUGGCUCUCCUGCUGCCACUUCCCUGGGAAGUGGGAAGUCUGGCAGGAACAGUCCCCCUGCGGCAAUCAGCGGCUCGUGCUCUCAGCGCCACCGAGGCAGGGCUGGCUCCUUGCUGCCCGCUGCCACCGGGCACAGCUGCCAGCUUCUCGGGCUCAGGGGAGACAGUGAAUUAGCAGUUGUGCCUCCUUGGCAGGGCAACAGUACAGUCAGGUUGGGGGUGCCUGUCUGAGGCAGUGCCCACACCCCUGUGCUAGGCUCUCGAAGGUUCGGAGGGGUGUGUGUGUGUGUGUGUGUGUGUGUGUGUGUGUUUGUGUGUAUAAGAGAGUUGCCAAGGAGACCUUUUCCUCUUCUCCCUUCUCUUCCUCCCUCUCCGUCCUCUCCAGGCAUCUCGGCACCAUCAGGAUCCUACAGCCUGGGUCCUGCCCAUCCCUCCAGGACCGUGUGCACAGGAUCCAGGCCAGCACCGGGAGGGAGAGAAGGAUGACUGAGACUCAGAGAAAGAGAGGAAGGGAGAUAGAAACAAGAAAGAGGAUGAAAAGGAAUAGGAAGGAUAGGGACACCUGAGAAGGAAGAGCUCAAGGGAAGGAAAGGAGGGGUGAGGAGAGGGGAGAGGAUCAGGCCAGCUCCAAGCCAAGCAGGACUAUCACCUCCUUUAUUCAGAACGUUAGGUUCCCAUUAAUACAGCCUCAGGGCACAGUUGCCUUUUGUCUUAUCUGUUAAUUUCUAAAGCACCAUUAGGUUGACACCUGACAAGCUGGAGGCCUUGUGACCCCUGCCUUCUAGCCCCAGUCCUUUGUUCUAUGGGAAUUCUGCAAACCAGGCCAGGGCAAGGUGAUGUUCAAACCAUGAGCUUAACUCCAGUGGGGACUCAGAGAAUGGUACCCAAAGUGCUGGGACUUGAAGAUAGUGAUGUGUACUUGCAUGAUUCAGAGAGAGCAGUGUGAAGACGGAGGGACUUUUGAGUCCCUUAAUAAGAAUAAUUUCCCAUCUAUUGAGCAUUUACAGUGUGUCAGACACUGUGCUCAUCACAUUUAAUCCUGAGAACAGCCCUGGAGCUAGGGAAUGUUUUACUCUAUUUUGCAGAUUAAGAAAUCGAGACACAGGGAAGCUAGGAUACCCAUCCCAAAUCACACAGCCUAUAGGUCAUGGAGUCACUCUAACCGCUGCAGAACGCUGCCUCUCCUCUCCUCUGGGCAGUGAUGCAAGUGCCCUCAGUGGUGACUGAGGACUGUUCCAGUGCUUUCACGUGUGGUAGCCAUCCCCUCCUGGGGACAGGCUAGAGGGUCUGCGACACGGAGGUGGCGGUGCAGCCCUUCCUCCAGUUGCGCGCAUUUGCCUCUAGCCUCUAGCGGUAUUCUGUGCCCUGCCUGCUGCCCACCGGCCGUGCAGCCCCCGAGCAAAGGCCUUUCUUCUCUGCCUCUGAAUUGCAACGUUGGCGGCAGAAGCAGGAAGCAUAUUGUGCACAGAAACAAAACUGAGUGGUUUUUCCUUUUUCUGAAGGUGGUAAUGGUGCAAUUAGUGGCUAAGCCAUUACUCCCUCCUCCCUGGCUCUCCUCCCCUCCUUCCCCUCUGCCUCCCUCCUGUUUCUCUCCUGGGAAGAAGUGGCUGCAUCAGAGUCAACUCCAUCAUUUUCUCCCACUCCCAACUCUCAGGAAGAGGGGCAGAAUUGGGGGGGGGGGGGUACCUAGAUUUCUCCAGCGGCUCCUGGACCUAGGGUGGUGAGUCAGGGAUCUGCUGGGGUUGGGGAUGACCAACAAGCAGACAGUGUGUCCAGCAAGUGAGGUGACCAGUAAGGCAAUUUGGAGGUUCAGAAUGGGUGGGUUAGAAACCCAGAGGGUUUGGAUCCUGGAUCCUUUUAUCCUGUGCUCAUUGUGGGCAAGUGCUGGCAUGAGACCUCAGCCUGGUGGGCUGUGAAGUGAGCUUGAAUGGAGGAGGUGGGUGUGAGGGUCUGAGAUUCUGAGUUCAAGCUAGAACGAUGGGGGUGGUCAUGGUUUCACUUUAGACCUUCCUUUUUCUCUUCUAGAAACUAAAAAGAGGCCUCAUAGUUACAUACUCCCCAAAGGCCUCUACAGCCCUCAGCCUGCUCUAUCUUCACAGCCUUCCUCUGCAGUGGCAACUUUGUUCUGUUUUGUGGAAAAGGAGCUAGAGGCUCAGAGAGGGGCUGUGACUUUCUCAGCAUCACACAGUUAAUACAUGUUAGGACUGGAAUUGAAUUCAGAUCUUUAAAUGCCAGUCCUUUUCCUUCUUAAUCCACCGGGCCUUGGGGUGAGAUCUUGGGGCCAUAGAUAUGGUUAUUGCCCUGAAGAGUUGAAGUUGGCCAGGAAAGUGCCCACAAAAUUUGGGAAUGAGGAUUUUAGGGCAGGUCCACGGCCACUCCCCUCCAAGCCAGGCCAUGCUCCCCUCCCCACUGCCGCCUCCACCUCUUUCACCUUGACUUGAAGCACAAGCAGAAACUGGGACAUGAGCCCCAGGAGACCAGAUCUCCAUGGCCCCUCUGGCGGCCUGGGGUAAGGGAGUGGUUAUGGAAGAGACCUCAGGAGGGGACCAAUUGUCAUAGCUGAGAGGGGUUGGGGUGAGCAGGCAGCCAGGAAUGUUCCCUCCAGAAUCCUGAUAGCUCCUCUGCACUUCCCCCUAGCUAGAGUCCCAGUGUGAUGGACAAGGUGGCAAAGAACAGAGAGAGAGAGAGAGAGAGAGAGCAAAAUAAGAAAGACAGAGGAAGAGGCAAAAAAAAAAAAAAAUUAGAGGGGAGCAGAGAGAUAGUUACAGAGACUACGGUGAUCCACUGAGAGAGAGAGAUCCCAAUGAAUUAGCCAUCGUUUCCCUGUAAACCUUAGAACCUGGCUGUUGCCAGGGCAACGGGGCAAUACCUGUCUCUCCAGAGGAGAUGAAGUUGCCAGGGUAACUGCAUCCUGUCUUUCCGGGGGACCAUCCCAGAAUGUGGCACCCACCGGCCGUUACCAUGGCAACUGCCUUUUUGCCCCACUUAAUCCCAUCUUGUCUGUUACAAGGGCCCCACAGUUGGAAAUGGGGGAGGUGGGAAGACUGAAGAUUACUUGUGGACUAAGUUUGUUCUCCUUCCCCUCCUCCAACCCCUCCGUUGGUCCAUCACUUCGGGGGUGCUGUGUCCACCCACCCCCGGGUCCACACAGGCCUGCAGUACUGUGUGCAGUAGGGCCAGGGCGUCCAGUAGCAGGUUUUGAAGUGGAAGGCAGGCAGGUGUUGGGGAGGCAGUUACCGGGGCAACGGGAACAGGGCGUUUCGGAGGUGGUUGCCAUGGGGACCUGAAUGCUGACGAAGACUCGCGAGGCUGUGAGCAGACACAGUGCUCUGCUCAGAAGCCCCGGGCUCGUCAGUCAAGCCGGUUCUCAGUUUGCACUUGGCAGCACGGGCAGGCGAGUGGCCCCUAGUUCUGGAAGCAGAGCAGCAGCACCCCAGUCCUGGUCCUCCAGCCCCAAGCCUCGCCUGCCCACCCAGCGCCAGGAUGGCCACCAUCACCUGCACCCGCUUCACGGAAGAGUACCAGCUCUUCGAGGAACUGGGCAAGGGAGCCUUCUCAGUGGUGCGCAGGUGUGUGAAGGUGCUGGCUGGCCAGGAAUAUGCUGCCAAGAUCAUCAACACUAAGAAGCUCUCGGCCAGAGACCACCAGAAGCUGGAGCGCGAAGCCCGCAUCUGCCGCCUGCUGAAGCACCCCAACAUUGUCCGGCUCCACGACAGCAUCUCCGAGGAGGGACACCAUUACCUGAUCUUCGACCUCGUCACCGGCGGGGAGCUGUUUGAAGACAUCGUGGCCCGGGAGUAUUACAGUGAGGCAGAUGCCAGUCACUGUAUCCAGCAGAUCCUGGAGGCCGUGCUGCACUGCCACCAGAUGGGGGUGGUACACCGGGACUUGAAGCCGGAGAAUCUGUUGCUGGCCUCCAAGCUCAAGGGUGCCGCGGUGAAGCUGGCGGACUUUGGCCUGGCCAUAGAGGUGGAGGGGGAACAACAGGCAUGGUUUGGGUUCGCAGGGACACCCGGAUACCUCUCCCCAGAAGUGCUGCGGAAGGACCCGUACGGGAAGCCUGUGGACCUGUGGGCCUGUGGGGUCAUCCUGUACAUCCUGCUGGUUGGGUAUCCCCCGUUCUGGGAUGAGGACCAGCACCGCCUGUACCAGCAGAUCAAAGCCGGCGCCUAUGAUUUCCCGUCACCAGAAUGGGACACCGUCACCCCGGAAGCCAAGGAUCUGAUCAAUAAGAUGCUGACCAUCAACCCAUCCAAACGCAUCACGGCUGCCGAGGCCCUCAAGCACCCCUGGAUCUCGCACCGGUCCACCGUGGCCUCCUGCAUGCACAGACAGGAGACCGUGGACUGCCUGAAGAAGUUCAACGCCAGGAGAAAACUGAAGGGAGCCAUCCUCACCACUAUGCUGGCCACCAGGAACUUCUCUGGCGGGAAGAGUGGAGGAAACAAGAAGAACGAUGGUGUGAAGAAAAGAAAGUCCAGUUCCAGCGUUCAGUUAAUGGAAUCUUCAGAGAGCACCAACACCACCAUUGAGGAUGAAGACACCAAAGUGCGGAAACAAGAAAUUAUAAAAGUGACAGAACAGCUGAUUGAAGCCAUAAGCAAUGGAGAUUUUGAGUCCUACACGAAGAUGUGUGACCCCGGGAUGACAGCCUUCGAACCCGAGGCCCUAGGGAACCUGGUCGAGGGCCUGGACUUCCAUCGAUUCUAUUUUGAAAACCUGUGGUCCCGGAACAGCAAGCCUGUGCACACCACCAUCCUGAAUCCCCACAUUCACCUGAUGGGUGACGAGGCGGCCUGCAUCGCCUACAUCCGCAUCACGCAGUACCUGGAUGCGGGCGGCAUCCCCCGCACGGCCCAGUCGGAAGAGACCCGCGUCUGGCACCGCCGGGAUGGCAAAUGGCAGAUCGUCCACUUCCACAGAUCUGGGGCGCCCUCCGUCCUGCCCCACUGAAGGACCAGGCUGGGGGCACUGUACCGCAGAGAUCCACCGUUCGUCCGUGGAAUGUGGCUGCUGGUUCUCCCACUUGGAUUUUGCUGGAAUUCCCCCAAUCACAUCAUCCCAUCACCACCACCAUCACCGUCACCUUCAUACCUGUGUCAAGAAAACCUGCCUGUUCGCAAAAGCCAUCAUGACUUCAGAGCAAAUGGUGACAUCUCCCCGUCACCACCCGUCCCCUGCCAGGGCAGGGCUUCCUCAGGCCCACGUGCCCUGGGUGCUGGACCCGAGGACCCCCCCCCCCGCCCCCGCACCGCCGCCAGCUGUCAUUGGCCUGGUGUUGCCUUGGCCGUAAGCCACAGCGCCCAGCUGUGUAUUCAUCCAGGGGCUGGGGAGGAGGGGCGGAGCUGGGAGGAAUGUGGCAUCCGCCAGAUCCUCUCCCUGAUCUCGCCUCUUCCGGGGCCCUCUAGGGAAGUGCAGAAGAAUGCCCAGUCCCCCGAGCCAACCUCCCCCAGGGGAGAGGGGGAGAGAGGAGCAGAUGCCAGGAGCCUCCCGCCUCAAACUGCCUUCCCAACUCUUCUCCCAUCCUGUCCUGCCCUCCUGCUCUCCAGCCGACCCUCCUCCCUCAGUGUGGGGAGCGCGAUCCUCUCAGGGUUCCCCCACUUCUUUCCUUCCUCCUUCUGCUGAUGUUUACUUCCAACACUAACUGCCCAUUCCACCCUUCCAUCAGGCCCUGAGAAUUCCAGCUUCAUCGCAUCCAAAGGAGAGAAUCUGAUUGCUUUUGGGGGGCAAAAGAAAACAGCGUUUAGGUAUCACUUCUACUUGGACCGCAUGCCUUUUUAUAGCCAAACUUCUGUGUGUUUCGUAAAUGGAUUUUGAGUUAAUGGAUAUUUAUGUAAUAACUAGACCUCUCAAAUUGGUGAGAAGGGCUGGGUUGGGAAGGGAGGUGGGAAGAGGGCUGAGGGGUAUUUUUUUCUGUUCUUGGUCUUUUGUUUUGUUUUUUUUUUUGGUCAUCGCUGAGAUGGACUUUGUCACUUGUGGUUAUCUGGGGCUGAGAUGGACUCAGCCCCCGUGGGAAGGAUCUCUCUGACAUUUCAGUCCCCAGGUUCCCUUGCGGACUGGAGAAGCAUCAGGUGUUAGUGCUGAUGAAGAAACAGCAAAUCAGGGCAGAGAUAGUGGGGGAAGCUGUCAGGGUGGCAGUACCUGGGCUUUACCUUGCUUGCCUCCCAAACUGGGGUCCUUACUACCGUGCUUCCCAGGAUUUCAUCCCCCACAACUGCGCACCCCUCUCAGCGCCCGCCACCCAGCUCUGGGGGGUUCACGAGCAUGUGUCUUCAUGCGGGUCCAAAAAGAGCACUGGGAUUUCUCCUCUUCACACCUCCUCCUGCAGCUGUGGGUUUGCAUCUCUUUCUUCCUUUCUCUUUCCCUCUUCCCUUGGGAUUGACUCUGAUGUGGAAUGCCUUGGUACCUCCACCAGGAUCUACUGUCUGCACUGUUUUCUUUGCAUGACUUUAUAUGCAGUAAGUAUGUUGAAAAAAAAAAAAAAGAAAAGAAGAAAAAACACUCAGCAAAACCAACCUACAUGUUUUGGACAAAAAAAAAAAAAAAAAUAGAGGUUGUAUUCUCAGUGUCCGACUCGGAAUUAUGUUGCUGCCUCUCUGUGCUUUUGGCCUCUGUGUGGCCGUGUUUUGCCAAGAUGAGAUACUUUCCCCUCUGGAGGAUUUUAGGGGAGGAAGAGCCACAUCCCCAAAGAUUUGGAGGAGUCUCUGAUUCCCCCAAACCUCUGGGGAAUCCUGGGUGUUGAGUGGAGCAGGACUGGUGGGGAUGUGACCCAGGACUUCCUGAGUUUUCCCCAAUCAUGAGCUGUCUGCUGGGCCCAUUCUCAAGAGUUCCUGCCCGCGGGACAGGUGAGGCAGGCUGGGUGGGGGCCGUAGGCCAGGAGAGAGGCUGCCCAGCUCUCCUGGUCUCCAAACUGGUCGAUCACUGGCCUCUAUACUUGGCAGAGACCCUGCUGCCGAGGCCCGGGUGGGCAUUUGGCCUGCCCCAGGUCCAGAGGGCUUCCCAGUAAGGCCCAGUGACCCCGGCGCUCCAGCAGCCAAACCGCCUGCCUACCUUGCGAUCUGCCAGCUCCCGUAGCCAUCCCCAAGCCAAAGGUGAGGGGUUGCUGCCAUUACCAAGGCAAAGUCUGGUCCUUCCUUCAGCCUCAGUUUCCCCCUCCAUUAAAGGGGUUAAAUAUUCCCGCCCAGCCUAUGUGGCAGGGCUGACGGGGAAUCAAACAGGAUGGUGAGGUGAAGCCCAAUACGCCCAUGAGAAUUGACAGUGUGAGUCACUGGCUGGACUCCUGUUCUUUUCUGGGCCUGGCCAGUCCCCCCUCCCUCCCUCACCUGCCCCUCAUCCCCCUCUUUGGUGCCUGUCCUCUGCUAAUCAGCAGAGGACUGCGGGGGAAAGAGCCACAGUUUGGGGGUUAUUAGGAUUCCAUCCCCAGCUCUGACCAGACUUGCCGUGUGACCUUGGGAAAGUCCUUUCCCCGCUCUCCCCUCGGUUCCCCACCAGAGGGAGCUGAGCUGGAGGACACCAAUGUCCUGCCUUUCAUCUGCUGACGCACCUUCUGUCCACUGUGCCCCUCUCUGGGUGCCAGAGAAGUGGAGGCCGGUCCCUACCCCAGGCCAGGAUGGCCCCACUGCGAAGGCCAAGCCUGUGGGUGUGCAGCCAGCCGGUGUGGACCACAGGGCACCGGUGUGAUCCCAACGCAGCAGGCAGGGGAGACUGGCAGACAAAGCGCGGCCCAGAGCCCAACCCCACCAGACAGUCAAACAUCCUGCAGAUGCAAAAAAUCCAGACCUAAGACGAGUCCUAGGCUCCAGCAUGCAAACACAUUAACGGGAAAGCAUUCUCCCGGGUGUGAGCCCAGCAAGCGCUGAUCCUGACCCCUGGCCUCCUGUCUCCCGUCAAAGGGAGACCCUUUUGGGGAUGUAUUUGCCAGACUCCCUGUGCUGGUUUCUUUGUUACUAUUUGUUUGGGGUUUUGUUUCCGUUCUUCCUUUUUUAAAAUAUGUGGCUGUGAACUUGAAUGACCACUGCUCAAACUUUCUGCUAUUGUGGGGUUGGGGGGAAGAAGGGGUGUCUGUUUUAUUCUUGGUGUUUUCAGUGCAAUAAAUAGCUACAAACUUC